AUCGGGGGAAAGAUGCUGCUGCUACUACAGUUUCCUUAAUUAUAUCUUUAUAUUUUCCCUAUUUCUUCAGUUUCUCCGCUAAGUUCCAUCUUGAAUGGCUUCUUCCACUCCCCCGCACUGCUCUAUCACUUCGACCAAACCUUACCAAAACCAUCCUCAUAAUCACCAUCAAAACAACCCCCGCUGGAGCUCCAAUAAGGUCUCUCUUGGCGCCUCUUCUCCCUCUACUCGAAAUGCUGCGAAACAAGGUAACUCGUCCACCCUUUCCCGUGACCCUAAUUUCCCAUCCCUCUCUCCUCUCCCUCCGUCAACUUCCGAGCUCGGUCCCGAUUUCCGUGGCCGCCGCUCUACUCGUUUCGUUUCUAAGAUGCACUUCGGCCGCCCCAAGACCGCCAUGGGAAGCCGACACACCUCCGUAGCUGAGGAAGCUCUGCAACAAGCUAUCCGAUUUGCUGGGGACGAAAACGCCCUCGAAUCUGUCCUUAUGAGCUUCGAGACCAAGCUCUCUGGUUCCGAAGAUUACACUUUCUUGCUUCGGGAGUUGGGGAAUCGCGGUGAGUGCUCCAUGGCGAUUAGAUGCUUCGAGUUCGCCGUGCGGAGAGAACGAAAGCGGAACGAGCAGGGUAAACUGGCCAGUGCUAUGAUCAGUAUUCUUGGUAGGUUGGGGCGGGUUGAUCUUGCCAGGAGUGUGUUCGAGACAGCCAACGUCGACGGCUACGGUAAUACAGUUUAUGCAUUUUCGGCUUUGAUUAGUGCUUAUGGCCGCAGUGGGUUUUGCGAGGAAGCCAUAAAAGUUUUCGAGUCGAUGAAGGAAAGUGGUCUGAGGCCUAACUUGGUGACCUAUAAUGCUGUGAUUGAUGCUUGUGGGAAAGGAGGUGUAGAAUUUAAUCACGCGGUAAAGAUAUUCGAUGAGAUGGUGACCAAAGGUGUGCAACCUGACCGCAUCACCUUUAAUUCUCUUCUUGCUGUGUGUAGUCGCGGCGGGUUGUGGCAGGAGGCUAUGAACAUGUUCAAUGAGAUGGCUUAUAGGGGUAUUGAUCGGGAUAUUUUCACAUAUAAUACACUAUUGGACGCAGUUUGUAAAGGUGGGCAGAUGGAUUUGGCUUACGAGGUAAUGUCGGAGAUGUCGGAGAAGAAUGUGUUGCCUACUGUCGUGACUUACAGCACUGUGAUUGAUGGCUAUGCCAAAGCUGGAAGAUUAGAUGAAGCACUGAAUUUAUUUAACAAGAUGAAGCUCCUUGGCAUUGGUUUGGAUCGAGUUUCAUACAAUACACUACUUUCCAUUUAUGCAAAGCUUGGUAAGUUUGAGGAAGCUCUGGCUGUCUGCAAGGAGAUGGAGACAUCCGGAAUUAAAAAAGAUGCUGUUACUUACAACGCGCUUCUUGGGGGAUAUGGGAAACAGGGAAAAUAUGAUGAACUUAAAAAAUUGUUUGAAGAGAUGAAAUUGGAAUGUAUUUCUCCUAACGUCUUGACCUACUCUACAUUGAUUGAUGCAUACUCCAAAGGUGGUCUGUACAAGGAGGCAAUGGAAUUUUUUAGAGAGUUUAAGCUGGCAGGCUUGAAGGCAGAUGUUGUUUUGUACAGUGCAUUGAUCGAUGCUUUAUGUAAGAAUGGAUUGGUGGAGUCUGCCGUGUCCCUGCUUGAUGAGAUGACAAGAGAAGGGAUCCGGCCUAAUGUUGUAACUUAUAAUUCAAUCAUCGAUGCCUUUGGCCGGUCAGCAACUGCAAAGUUUGAGGAAUAUGCAACUGAUGGAACUAAUGGGACACAUACCGAGUCUUUAACUUAUAUUGAUAUAAAGGAUAGUACUGAAAGCACUGUGGGACAUAUAGAGGAGAAUAACCAGGUUAUAAAGAUUUUUGGGCAGCUAACAGCUGAAAAAGUUCAUUCUUUGAAGGAAGAUUCAAAUAGGAAGUCUCAGGAGAUCAUAUGCAUCCUGGGUCUUUUUCAUAAGAUGCAUGAGCUGGAAAUAAAACCAAAUGUUGUCACCUUCUCUGCCAUUUUAAAUGCUUGCAGCCGUUGCAAUUCUUUUGAAGAUGCUUCAAUUUUGUUAGAGGAACUCCGGUUGUUCGAUAAUCAAGUAUAUGGUGUUGCACAUGGGCUGCUAAUGGGCAGUAGGGAGAAAGUGUGGGUUCAAGCUCAAUCUCUUUUUGAUGAAGUGAAGCGCAUGGACUCCUCUACAGCAUCUGCCUUUUAUAAUGCUUUAACUGACAUGCUGUGGCACUUUGGUCAGAAACAAGGGGCCCAGUUGGUUGUGCUUGAAGGGAAACGCCGGCAUGUAUGGGAGAAUGCAUGGUGUGACUCGUGUUUGGAUUUGCAUCUGAUGUCUUCUGGUGCUGCUCAAGCUAUGGUUCAUGCUUGGCUGCUCAAUAUACGUUCUAUCAUGUUUGAAGGUCAUGAGUUGCCAAAGUUAGUAAGCAUUUUGACAGGGUGGGGCAAACACAGCAAAGUAGCUGGUAACGGUACUCUCAGACGAGCUAUUGAAGCACUCCUUAGUGGAAUUGGUGCUCCCUUCCAUGUUGCCAAGUGCAAUAUUGGGCGGUUUAUAUCAACAGGAGCUGUGGUAGCUGCCUGGUUAAGGGAAACCGGCACACUAAAGGUCCUGAUUCUUCAUGAUGACAGAAAAAACCCAGAAAGUACUAGGUUAGAUAAACUCUCUGACUUGCAAAUACUUCCUUUCUAGUUAUUUGAAGCUCUUUGACCCAGCUUUUGCAGGUAUCUGCUCAAUGUGUUUUAGUGUAAUCUGUAAUUUAUAUGCGCAUCAUUGUGUAAACCUUGGCAUGACUUCUGUAGGUA